UGGAGGUGAAGAUUAAGACUGGACUAGUCUGUUAAACUACACUAUACAUCUCUGAAAAACCAAGGGAUUGGUUUGUGUUUAAAGGAUCUGUUUUAGUGGACUCAGAGAGAACAAUGUUGAAACAAACAGAUACUCCUGAGACUGUGCGUCUGUCUGACUCCAUCAAUGAUGAAGAGAUAAAGUAUGUGAAGGAGAGGAAGACUCUGAUUAAGAAGUGGCUGAAAAGUCUGGAUAUCUACUGUGAACUAGAGGAUGUUCCUAACAUAGCGUUGCUGGGGUCAGGUGGAGGAGAGAGGGCAGCAGUGGGCAUGCUGGGAUCUCUGCAUCAGCUGAAAAAGGACGACAUGCUGGGCAGCCUCCUCUAUAUGUGUGGGGUGUCAGGCACCACCUGGUGCAUGUCAUCCCUGUACAGCGAUCCAGAUUGGUCGCUGAAUAAUCGUUGUGUUGAGGUGAUAAAGAAGAUGAAGGGUCCUAUGGUGGAUUUGAAGAAGGUUGUGGACUGGCUGAUAAUGCGGGAAGACAGCGACCAGGACUUCAGCCUCACUGACUUCUGGGGCGUCUUCACUGCCUGCUAUUUCAUGAAUGAGAUGGACACUCGCCGUCUCUCUGAAGAUGCUCACAGGGACAGCACCAACCCCUACCCCAUCUACAACGCCAUAGAACUGGACUGCUACAGACAGCAUUGCACUAAAGGGGUGUGGUUUGAGAUGACCCCCCACGAGAGCGGCUUCUCCGGAUUGGGCGCUUUCGUCCCCACUUCCUGUCUCAGGAGCCGGUUUAAAGGCAGGACUCUGAUAGAGAAGAGGAAGGAAAUGGACAUGGUUCUGCUUACAAGCAAACGUGCACACACACAUCAAUUUAUUGUUGUUUGUUGUUGCUGGGCAGGUAUCUGUGGGAGUGCCUUUGCAGACACAAAAGAGAACAUUGCUGAGGUAGCAAAAAAAAUCUGGGGCUUAUUUGAAGGGCACGAGAGCAUGAUGUUGAAAGAGAACAUGAAUAUGGUUGAGAGAAGCGGGAAGGUAAAGGUGUGUGAGUGUGUGCCCUCCCGAGUGGUGAGGUGUGUGUCUGAGCUGAUCAAGUAUGCUGAGGACCCAGAUCCACUGAAGACAUGGAAAGUCAUCACCCCACUGAGACAACUACUGGAAGGUAUUGUGAGCAGUAAGGGUGAGAUGCUGUGGAACAUGGACUCUGAGAGCUGGAAGAGAACCAGCCUGGUGGAGAGAAAGAAGUUCAUAGAGACAGUCAGUCUGGAGCUCAUCCUCUCCUCAGACAGCUGGGCAAAAGACUGGAAGGACAAACGCUGCCCCUGCAUCGAUUCAAUCUUUUGGAUUGUACUGAUCUUUUUCCUUCUGCUCAUUGAAUGGAAAUGGGGAACCACAUCCAACUUCCUCUUCAAGAUCAAAGAUGCUAGAGUUCCGGAGAGCAUGGCAUCCAAUGAGAAGAUUCACCUGGUAGACGCUGCGUUAAAGAUCAACUCUCCCUACCCCCCCGUCCUGCGUACUUCGAGGAAGGUCGACCUCAUCAUCUCCUUGGACUUCAGCGAAGACCCAUUUGAGACGGUGUUUAGUGCCAAAAAGUAUGCGGAUGAGCUGAAGCUUCCCUUUCCCCCAGUGAAUGAGGAUAUAAGGAAGGAGAAAGACCAUCCUCAGGACUGCUACGUUUUUGAGGGGCGACGCCCUGAAGAGCCCACCAUCAUGCACAUGCCCCUGUUCAACCUGCGGAACUGCCAUGACGAGAAAGGGAUUAAGAAGGAGAGGGAGAAUUACAAAACAUUCCAGCUUCACUACGGUGCGCCGGAGAUCGACCACCUCCUGGAGAAGGCCCAGGACAACAUGAGGAACAACAGAGACAGGAUCCUGGGACAGAUCAUUAUGGCCAUCCAACGCAGAAAGAAGCGCAUGUCAGUGGCUCAAUAGUUUUUAUCAGUGGUGGAAAGUAUCUGUACUUUACUAUUAAUACUUGACAACUUUUACUUCACGACAUUACUAAAGAAGAUAAUAUACUUUUUACUCCAUACAUUUUCUCUGACUGCCGAAAUUGGCUUGUUACAUUUUGAAUGCCUAUCAGAACAGAAAAAGUCUAAUUCAUGCACUUAUCAAGAGGACAUUCUUGUUCCUCCCUACUGCCUCUGAUCUGGCAGCCUGAUUAGAAGCACCUGCUGUGCAUCAGUUGCUCACCUGUGUUCCCUACAAAUGCUGUCUUGAAUCAAAAGGAUUUGUACCUACACACUGGAGAAAGUUGCAGCGUCUGUGUAUGUUAUCCCUAAUGCAGUGAAAAUAAUAAAAAUAAUAUAAAAAAUUAACUAAGCUUUUUGAGACAUCU